GAGAUUACUUUGAUUCUGUUUGCAGAACGGAUAAUUCUUAUACCUAAUAUGAUAAAAACAGAACCUUGGACAGGAGGUAUAGAUGAAGAAUAUGAGACUCAGUACUUUGGUUUUGGCGCACAGCGUCUCAAAAUUGCAGUGCGUCAAAUGGUGGAGCAGAAAAUUGAAACUGGAGUAAAAGAAAUGAAAUCUUAUCUUCUGGAAUCCUUGGAAUUGAAUGAUACUGACAAGUUAACCUUGACACAUUCGUGUGAUAAGCUUUUGCGGCUGUACUGCCAUCGCGCGGGACCGUCUUUACACAUUAUUGACGAGGAAAUCGAAAGGAUAUUGAAAGUGCCUUCUAAUGUGCUUCUGCCUGAGGAUGAGGUUCAAAUUCAACAGUCAACGGAUGAGGACUAUGUCAGAUUAAAAGAAGAGGUGGCUAAUUUAAGAAGAAGAGUCGAAAGGGCAGCUUUAAUGGAAGCCUUAUUGACUGCUGAAGAAGAUGAACUGACAUCAGUUGAAGAGGUUUGUGAGACUGCCAAGAAGGACAUGGAAGUUCUAGAUUUAUUGAACAAAAACAUUGAGGGGGCUGAGGGCCUCAAGACAUUACAGAAUGAUACACAGUUUUUGUGUACAAAUGUACCUUUCAUGAAUGUACAAAUGAAGUCUAGUGAAGACAAUUUUUUUGAUAAGUAACACUUAAAUAUGUAAUAAUGCUGGUCAUAAAUUGUAAUAAAAUUGAGAAGCUUCAGAACAAAAAUUGAUAAAUUCAAUUCUAAUUUUGUCCAUUUACUGGAUUUGUCCCAUUGUGUCAGAUCUGCGCAUUUGAAACAUAUUUUGAAGGAUGAUUUAGUGGUUGCUUUUCAGGUUGGAUAAAUUAUUCAUAGAAACAUACAAAAACUAUCAAUUGCCAUUAAAAACGCAGAACAGGUCAAAUGAGUUUUUAUUUCGACGCUCCUCAAUUAUAACUUAAUUGAGUUGAUAUGAUGUAUGAAAUCUCAUGUGUAGUACUACUGCUUGAUUCUUUGUAAAAUUAAAGCUAUAUAGGUACUGUACUUUGCAGGACUAUAUUUACUAACGUCAUAAACAACAAUUUUUGUUUGAUGACUUAAUAAUUAAUCAGAUUUAACUCUUGUGCAAUUAUAAUUGAGUGUAUGCAUUAUUAUUAUUAUUAU